ACGAGGCGCGAGGGGCGGAGGGAGGGGGAGGCAUGGCCCCCGCCGUCGCGCCCGGGGCUGUUUGUUGUGGGCGGCUGUUAUGGCCUCCGUCGCGGGAGAGGCCGGCUGCAUCCCGCCCGAGGUCUCCGCCCCGCUAGGGGACUCCUCCGAGGAGGCAGCCGGAGAGGUCUUGAGAGGCGCCCUGCGCUCGCUGCCGGCGCUGGUGGGGCAGCUUAAUAUUGGAGAAGAUGUGGUGAAAAUUAACAUCGACUGGAGCAAGCUUCAAAGUACAUCACCCGCAUUGCUAUUUACUGCUCUGCAGCAGCAUAUAUCAGGUUUACAGCCAUUUAUAGAAAAACUCCAGUCUUUGAUUAAAGAAGAAAGCACUGUACCCGCUGAUGAUUCCAGUAAGACAGAAGGUGGAAAGUGUGAGACUAAUUCAAAUGUAAUAGAAAAAGACUCGCAGAUGGAAGUGACACAUGCAGCUUUUGGUUCUGCAAGCCUGAAAGAGGCUCAUGUUGAUUUUGACCCAGAAGUAGUCCAAAUAAAAGCUGGGAAAGCUGAAAUUGAAAGACGAAUAUCAGCCUUCAUUGAAAGGAAGCAAGCUGAGAUCAAUGAAAACAAUGUCAGAGAAUUUUGCAAUGUUAUCGAUUGUAAUCAAGAAAACAGUUGUGCAAGGACUGAUGCAGUGUUCACACCUUACCCAGGAUUCAAAAGUCAUGUUAAGGUUUCUCGAGUUGUAAACACCUACGGUCCCCAGACUAGAAGUGACAGUGCUCAUGGGUCCACUCAUAAGGCGAACUCCCUUUCUCGGGAUUGUGGGAAUCAGGCUGUAGAAGAGAGACUGCAGAACAUUGAAGCACAUUUAAGGUUGCAAACAGGUGGACCAGUGCCAAAAGACAUCUAUCAAAGAAUAAAAAAGCUAGAAGAUAAGAUUCUUGAAUUGGAAGGAAUGUCUCCCGAAUAUUUUCAAUCUGUGAAUUUGUCGGGCAAGAGAAGGAAAACCCAACAAAACCAAAACUAUUCUUUGGCUGAACUUGAUGAGAAGAUCAAUGCACUUAAGCAAACACUGCUGAGAAAAACAAAUGAAGGGAGGCCCAAGGUUGUUGAUCAGCUUCUUUGAGUACAGUGAUGUGACUUCAUCGUGCUUUCAUGUGUACUUAACUCCAGACUGCCCAAGUACUGUUUAUCUAGGCACUCUGUGGAAAUGAAACAUUACAUACGAACCAGUCAGAUUCUUAUUGGAAACCUAGGUCAAGUGAACUUUUUUUCUUCAAAAUGAAGAAUGCUUUUAAACGUCGCAUUGUAAAUGUCUCUUCCCUUCUGAUGGAAAGGAGGGUCUGUAGAAACAAUAAAAAGAAAACCAUACUUCUUGUAUGUGAUGCCUGUGGAUCAGAAUGCCUCUUUAAAUAUAGUUUUAUCCAAAAACUAUAGUGCGAAAUGUGAUUGUUCAUAUAAUUCAGAUAGCUUUGUGAAAUAAAGAGUUAUAUGUAGAAAAAUAAA